CGAUACUAUAAUAUCAACGAAAUCACAUUUUUCUUCGUUUUCUUGGAAUUUAUUAUCAUCUCUGACAGAGUGUAAAGUAAAAAACGAACGCAGUAACCCGGUGCAAGUAGUCUUCUUCUACGAUCAACAGGUUAACUCGCGUUGGCCGCAUGACGAAUUCUAAGAUGAAUCAUCAUCAUCAUCAUGGAGAAAAGAUAAGGAAAUUUCAAUGUUAAGGAUAUCAAGGAAGAAGGUGUGUGAAUUUAAAGAAUUUUUCAUAUAAUUAAAAGAAGAUAGUGAAAGAGAAAAAUUGAAGAAGACAAUUUAGAAAAGUCAUAGAAAAAUGGCAACGAAUAGUCCAGAAACAUCGACCCACUUAAAAUCUCCAAGGAGUCCACGUCAGCUUCCUCAAUUACCGCAGAUACCGAUUUCAGGACAAAGGAGUCCUAGUCAAUUGUCGGUUACGAAUACACCGGGUACACCUCUUGUAUUUAAAUUUCCAGCCGAAUAUUAUCCGGAAACACCUAACGCGAAUUUCGAUUUCGAUACGUUCAAUCGUGCCACAGAUUCUGAUAAGAUUGGAUCAUCGCGAAGUCCAACUUAUUAUUCGUCGAAUAAAAAUCAAAAAAGUCUAAAUAGCAGUGAUACCUCGUUGCAUUCGAUUAACAGAAAAUCAUCUGUUUUUCAAUUUUGUGAUCCUAGAAAGAGUCUUGGUAAGACAAUGAGUUAUCCACCUAAAAGUCCAAUAUCAUCUUCAAAUGAUAGUACAAUGAAGGAUAGCAGCCAUGGAUCAGUAAGUUCUUUUAAUUUUACUCCGAAAAGUCCGAAAAUGUUCGAUCGUCGAAGAAAUUCAUCAUUCGGUUUGAGUGGAUUUAACAGUCCAAAAUCACCGACGAUAGUUGCUCCUACAUCUUCCUCCUCUCACUGUAGUCCGAAACACUCAGAUUCGGAAUUGAGAUCUCCUAAGGAAGGAAACUUUGCCAUUAAAAAUGAUAACGUUGAUCGAAAUUGUUCGGUGAACGAGAAAAUUCGUGCGAGUAAAAUGGGUGGUUACUUGAAUCGUAGCCAGGGAUGUUUGAACGAUACUACUCGAAAUCGUGAAGGAAGUUCUCUUAAUAAAAGAAAUAAUAAAAAGGAGAAAAAUAUGGCCAGGAGAUCGACCAGUGAUCUCACCGAGAUUGGAGAUGCUGAAACCGAAGUGACUCUAUUGUCUAGUCCAAGAAGACGAGGAUCGAUGAAAGGUGGAUUAGCUUACCUGGCGUCACGUCGUGGCUCUCGCGAUAGUCAAUGCUCCAACGUAUCGAAUAUUAGUAACGAGGAUGUUGGUCCAUUGAAUUUCAACGCUUAUCCGCGUAGCCGACGAAGAAGGACUUCCAAUUUCCUCGAAUUACCAGUGCCGGAUCAUAUUCGACCUCGAGUGCACAGCUUACCUGAAAAAGUUUACAAUCCAAGAGCUUGCGAUGAUCUCUACACAUUGAGGGAAUUCAGUAUAACUCAUAAAGGAGUCGUCAAUCGUGGAGAUUCUAUCAUUUCUCGAGGCAGUAAAAGCAACACCUCGGUAAAUAGUAGCAGAAAUAGCAAUGUGUCGGGUGAGAGGUCACCAUUCGAAGGAUCCUGUUGCAGCGGUCAAGGUGAUGAAAGUAGCGAAAGUGAAAUUGAAGAAAUACCCAAAUAUAGGGUAGUUUUACUCGGUGAUUCUGGAGUCGGGAAAACGGCCUUGGUAUCACAGUUCAUGACCAGCGAGUACAUGAAUACCUACGACGCUAGUUUAGAUGACGAAUUUGGUGAGAAAACAGUCUCUAUUUUGCUUGAUGAAGAAGAAUCCGAAUUAAUCUUCAUCGACCAUCCCCAUAUAGAGAUGAGCGUAGAGAACUCUUUGUCGACGUACGAGCCACACGCCUGCAUCGUGGUCUACUCAAUAGUAUCUCGCACAAGUUUUCAAAUGGCCGAGGAGAUACUUAGUUACUUGUGGACCGAGCAUUACACUCAGGAACGAUCGGUUAUCGUCGUAGGAAACAAAUCUGAUCUGGCACGAAGUCGUACGAUUACAUUCAACGAGGGAAAACAACUGGCGAUGUCUCGCGAAUGCAAAUUCAUCGAAACGUCGAGUGGAAUAAAACACAACGUCGACGAGCUUCUGGUUGGUGUAUUAAAACAAAUUCGUCUACGUGAGAGUCGUGAUAAGAAGCUAAGGCGUCAAUGUAGCAAGGGUAAAAUGUCGAAAUUACAUGGCAGUAAAACUGCUUACAGUCUCAAUCUUGCAAGGGAGAUACUGAACAAAAUGUGUUUGAACGAUAGCAAAAGUAAAAGUUGCGAAAAUCUUCACGUUCUUUAAGGAGAUAAAUCAUCAACGAAUGAAGAGGUUAUAAAGAAUAAAAUAGUCUUGUCGUUUUGUUACAAGAGCAGAAAUUUUUAUUUAUUUUUUAUUUCGCGACUUUUAGACAUUUAUAAGUUAAUUUUCUACUAUUCGAUAACGAGUAUUAUAAGCAUUCACUUACCUACUUCUAUAUUUUUUAUGAUAAAAUGAGAUAACUUCUAGGACGAGAUAUUUGAUUCUCAUUAUCGUUAAUGAUUUUCAUAUCGAACAAUAUAUAUACGCCCGCAUGAGAUACGCAAUCUACGUAUGCCUCAGUAUGGUUUAAUUAGCCGAGCUAUCGCGUCGAAUAAUAUUACAAAAAGUAAUGAAAACAUUCAAUGUUAAGUUAUAUUUUGUAUAACAGGUACUAUAAAUUUCAAUUAAGUAGCUUCCUUUUUUUUUAUACGCUAUUUUUUCAUCAAUCGUAAUUAUUGAAAGGA